AUGGCCGAGCUGUUGCUCCGCGCGUUUGGCAGCGACAAGCUGCUCGAACAGGAGCACGAAGGCUGCACGCCCCUGGGUCGGGCCUGCCUCAACAACGACGUGGGCGCCGCACGCUUCUUCUUGGACGCGGGCGCCGACAUGACGAAAGAAGUGAGAGCCAGCAACAGUAUUUCGCGAAUGACAAUGCUCGCUGCGGCGGGAAGCACUUUUGCCGGUCCAGAAGUGAUCAACCUGUUGCUCGACCGCGGCGUGGACCCAAACAAGCGGCAGGAGCGGAGCCGAUUCGUACCGCUAGUGGGGCUUGUCAGGGAGGCCGCCUCGCGCGAUGUCUUCGACGAGGCAGCGCUGGCCACCGUCAAAGCGCUUAUGGAUCGCACGGCGCGCUGCAGCGACCAUGACUUGCUGUUCAAGAUUGUGUGCAAAGGAAAGCACCUUGAUCUGCUCAAGCUCCUGCUUUCGUACGACGAUCAGCUCAAGGAGUACAGCCCGCCGACUUCGAAGGACGCGCUCGACAAGCACCCGCUGAUGGUGCUCAUCCAUACGCACAAGCCGGUCGAGUGGUUCGAGUUGAUGCUGGCCAACGGACACAAAUUCGCGCAGCCGAUCGAUCUCUCGGCGAUCGACGCCCUGCACGCGGUACUCGCCGAGGCCGACAAGUUCAGCGACGAAGUGGUCGGCGUUUUCAUCAAGUACGGCGCCGACGUCCGGAAGACAGCGGCCGAUACCGGCGAAACACCAAUCACGCUCGCCAGUCGCUACUCGUCGAAGGCGGUGCUGCAGAUGUUGAUCGCUGCCGGUGCCGAUAUCCACUCGACCGACGCCUUUGGUCGGGGUGUGCUUCAUGCCACUGUGAUGAACGGCCGCGAGAAGCGAUUCAAGCGCUUCCUCGACCAAGGCGUCGACCCGUGGCGCAAAGACAUGGCGGGCAACUCGUUGUACAUCUACGCUAUUGUUGGCCAGGCCUGGUGGGCCGUGACUCACCUGAUCGAUCACGUGCGUCGUCCGCCCGGCGACGAUCAUCUCGGAGUACCGUGGUGGCUGGAGGAGCGCGUGCAGUGGCAGCUGCGACAGCCGAUCACGCAGGCCAUGAAGGACCGCUUGGACGCCCUCCGGUCGCGCGACGACGCCCGCAUCGAGGCAUCGCCGCUGGCCGACGACCAACAGCGCAACAUCGUCGACAACAUCCUACCCCGCAAUCUUGUGUCCGACGGUGACGGUAUGGUCGAAGUGGUCGCCGACGACGAGUGGGCGGAGAGGAAUGCCAAGUACAAAGCCUUCCUGUGUGCCGUCGACAACAGAUUCGAGCUGCAGCGCGAUGUCUCCCCGCUGCGCCUGUUCAUCAUGGCGCGCCAGCACAACUUGGUGCGGCGGGCGAUGAAUGCGAGACCCGAGCUGGCGCUUCGAGAGGAAACCAACUUGGGGCUAGACGGGACGAAGGCAACGCCGCUCGAAGAGGCAGUCGAAACAGAGUCCUGCUUUUUGCCCAUUCUUUCUGCGUUGAAAGCCAAGGGCGUGGUCAUCCCGCCAGACUUGCGGCAGAAGGUGAUGCACAUCAUGUUCGCCGGCGACGACAUUACCAGCUGGCCAGAGCUGUUGGAAUUGCUGCCACUGCUGGGUACGGUGGACCUCAACGAGCCGGACCCCAAGUCAGGGCUGACACUCCUGCACAGGGCUGUCGCAAACGGUGAGGAGGAGUCCAUGAGCACUCUAGCCGCGUUGCUGCGGCUGGGCGCUGAUCUCGAGGCAAAGGACCGCAACGGCAAGACGCCCCUCUUCCAGUGUAAAAACAAUCAAUCAAUCCUUCAGCUGCUCCUGGCCGCCGGCGCCAACGUCGACAUCAUCUAUUCACGAAAGCAUCGCUCCAUCGGCACUGAAGAGAGCAAGAAGAAGAAGAAGAAGAAACAAAAUACGGAACAGAAGGCCAGGACGGGGAAGAAGUCGGCCCUCGCAUUCAUCGCCAAGUGUUUCAACGAAGCAACUGCGGACACCGUGGCGACUUACGCCCCAUUGAGUCCGGCCCACGUGUACUACCUCAUUCGCGCUGGGUGGUGGAAUGUGGCCGCCACGCUCCUCCUUAGGCUGCACCGGGAGGGCAAGAUACUGGAAUACCUCCAGCGACCAGACCACAAGAGUCCGCUCUGGGCUGUGGUCAAGUCAGAACCAAAGCGCAAGGUCAGCAAACGCCCCCUUUCCUCUGUAUUUAUCAAAGCCUUCCGAGGCUUCGAUUAUGUCCCGGGGAGGAAUAAGCACGGCCGGUCUCUCCUGUGGGAGGCCCUGACACAGCCCCACCAGCUCCAGUCCGGGUGCAUGGAAUUCGUCCUCCGGUACUCCGCCGCCGAUCUCUGCACAACCAACGACCAGGGCGAGUCGUGCCUCGUUGUGGCCGUGCAACACGGCAACGUCGCUUUUCUCGACGCCAUCCACAAACUGCUUCAGCAGAAGAAGACCGACGAACAAGAAGAGCUCGCGCUGCAAGAAGUCGGACAACUGCCUCUUCGCGAGCAAGUGCGGGCCAUGGUGCAAAUGAAGAACGCACGAGGCCAGACAACGCUGAUGGCCGCCAUCCGCCCGUUCUCGUUCGCGUCCUGCGCCAACGUCCCUCUGGUGAGCAAGCUACUGGAGUUGGGUGUAGGUGUGAACGAAGCCGAGCUCGAGACAGGCAACACGGCCCUGUUCUACGCCGCCACCACCAACAGCAUUCCCCUCUGCGAGAAACUGGUGGCGAGUGGGGCCGAUGUCAAUGCGAGGAACAAUGCGGGAGAAACACCACUGUUUGCAGCCGGGCGACACAACCACUGGCACACAACGCUCUACCUCCUCCAGCGCGGGGCGGAUCCGCACGCCACGAACAAGGCCGGCGAGUGCGUGCUCGUGGCAUCGUCGGCCCUGUGUGCGGCCAUCAUUCACGACUUUGUCACACGACCCCACUCGCUUGCCUUCAUCUCUGGCCAGCUGCUGCCGCUCCUCUGCCCCGGCAUCCAGUUGCCCCAGCCCCAGCCCAGAGCUGCCGCUACGACCACAACUGACGCUGCUGCCCCGCCAACGGACCCAAUGGUGGUCGAGGCCCAGACCGGGUCCAGCGUCGGCGGCGAGCCAGCGGCCACACCGCUGAAGCCGCUGGUGAACUACUUUCCAGAACUCGUGCCAGCGACGGCGGCGGCGCGCAGGCAGGUGGUGGCGCGGGUGACUGAGCUGCUGGAGCGGGUGCUGGAGACGAUGCAGCUCUACCAGGGCGCGCCCAGCGAUACGGACCCGACGUCGGCCGCGCGGGCCGACCGCGAGGCUGACCCGGAGACCGACCGGCGGGCGCGGUGGGAGCGGAAUGGGUCGCUCGCGGGCCUCAAGACGCAGCUGGCCGGGUGGCUGCGGGCCAGCCAGGCGCGCAUCCCGCGCAUCACCCGCAACCUGUCCUUCUCGACGCUGAGCGAGAACGAGAUGGCCCUCUACCUGCGCCAGUGGAAGGCCCUCCAGGCGCGCAAGCGGAAGAGGGAGACGGCGCCUGUGGAACCAGCGGAAGAAGAUUCGCAGUCGCAGGGCCUGGAUGACGCCGAGCACGAGAUCGACGUCAAGCGGCCUCGCCUCGCUUUGCACGACGAUGAUCUGCCGGCGGAGCCUCAGCUGGUGGUGCCCGACCUGGACACUAUCCCGCUGCCGCCGCCCUUCAUUCCCGCCUCGGCCCGCUCGCUCCAGGGCGAGCGACACCGCGUGGUGUCGGUGAUCGAGCGCACGGCGGUGGUCAGUGGCCGGUCCGAGGGUCCGAUGGGUGAGGCCAUUCGGCGCGCGACGAUGGACAACGCCGCUCAAUGGGCUGUAGGGCUGAUGGACGACGACGAGGGCUACCUUCGCGACGCAUUCCUCAUGCGGCUGUCUGCCGGCCACCACCAGCCGACCACGGUCGUGCUGCAGGCCCUGGUGGCCAUGCGCGGCGACGGCAUCGCCAGAUCGAAGUCCGCGAUGACGACAAAGAACGAAAGCGAAAGCGAAAGCGAAAACGAAAGCGAAAAACGAGAGAAAGGAAAAGAGAAAGAGAAGGACCAGAUGGAGACCGAGGGUGAUGCGGGCACGCGCGCGGACGAAGACGCCGGCCUCGUCUACUACGGUGUGUGGGAGAAGGGGAGAGAGGCGACGCCGCAGCUGUUCGCCACGCGCGAGGAAGCCGUGAUGGAGUUCGAGAGGCGAUUCAAGGCUCUCACUGGCAACGCAUGGGCCGAGCGACAGCACCAGCAUCGCUACAUUCAGCGCCCGCGCCCUCCCGCCGCACACGGAGCCGAGCCAGUCAGCGGUCCAUUUACCUCCGAUUCCACCACGACCACGACCACCGCGCCGACGCCGGCCCAACAGAGCGAGGCGGAGGUCGAGGCAGAGUUUCUCUAUCUGCCGACCAACCACGAGGCGGUGUGCGAGCAGCUCCAGCACUCGGGAAGUGGCAACGACGAGGUGGAGCGAGUCAAGGCUGCCCUGCCCGCACCCGGGGACAUUGACACACGGUCGGACGAGCAGCGGGUGUUCGACCUGUUGUCGUUCGUGUCCAACAAGCACCAGAUCUUCGGCUACUGCCAACGGGUGGGCCUGCUGAAGGUGGCCACGCUGGGCCAGCUCACUGCGGCCCAGCUCAAGAAUGCGAGCAACAUUCUCGACGUCAUUUCUGGGAUCUUGGCCUACGAGGACGAGCUCAAGCGGCUGUUGCGUCCGCUGCCGCCGCACGUUGUGCAGGCGCGCCAGAAGCUGUCGCACAUGUUUCACUGCGUGCUGCCGUUCGACUUCACCGCCAGCAACUCCUCGCCCGAGGUCAUCGACACCCACCACAAGCUCGCCCACAAGGCCGACAUUCUGCAGGCACGCAGCCUCGCCUUGUCGCAGGCGUGUCUCCAGUCGCUGCAAGAGAUCGGAAUUGGGCUGGAGGUGUUGCACGAGGUGUCGCUGCCGCACAAGCACGCGGAUGGAGCGGCCGCGGCAGAAGACGAAGCGGAAGAGGCCGAGGUGACGAUCGACGAGCGCGCCGACGAGCCGCUCAAAGCCAACGACCAACGGACAGCCCUGGCGCGUAUGCGGCUGCUCUGCAACGCGCUCAAGGCCAAACUCACGCCCCUCGACAAGCGAUCGGACGAAUGGAGGAUGAUCGGGGAAGUGAUGAAGGGCAAAUCGGCAAAGGUCAUUGACGCCUUCGCGGUGGAGCGCAAGGGCGAAGAAGAACGCUACCGGCCCUACGCCAACCUGCCCAACCGCACCCUCCUGGGGCACGGUACGGGCGUGGCCAACGUGAUGGGCAUCCUGCGCAAAGGCCUUUGCAUCAAGCCUAUCGGAGCAAGAACCAGCGGCGCCACGUUUGGGCCAGGCAUCUAUUUCUCCGACCUGCCCAACAAGAGCAUGAACUACAUGAAGCUGGACUCGGAGGUGGGAUGCUUCCUGUUGUGCGAGGUAGCGCUGGGCGAGGGCCUCAUUCGCCGCACCACCAGGGGCGGCACCACCCUGCCUCCCGGGCGACACCACUACCUGGGAGUGGGCAAAACCGUGGCCGACCCACACCUGGCCCUCCACACGGACGGGGGCGUGACGGUGCCGCUGGGCGAGACGGAGAGCCGGCAGGGCAGGGGCUACAACGAGUUCGUGAUCCCCAACGAGGACCAGGUGCGCAUUCGCUACCUGCUCCUCCUGAACCGUGCCACCGCACGGCGCAAGUAA